AAGAGAGAGGGAGAUGAGGAAGAGAAAGAAGAGAGAUACAUAAUAAAAUACCAGUGAGCUGGGUUAGAGAGAAGAGAUAAAAUAGUGAGAGUUAUCUUUGUACUCUUAUUAUUUCACAUAAUGAAAGAAAGUACUACUGCUGCCCUGAGGACGUAGGCACACUUGCCGAACCUCGUAAAUAUUGUGUCUUAUUUACUUUAUAUUCCACUACAUACAUAUCGUCGAUUUACAACAUAUAUAUAUAUAUAUUUUAUGUCUCUCCACUUAUUUUAUGAAAAAUACUAGAUCGAACACUGGUUACUUUAAAAAUUUCUCAAAGUUUUUAUGUUUGAAUCGGCACGGACACGUGGUCCAAUCACCGUGACACUGAAAUGUAAGUGCAUCCUUUAGCCAUCUUUAUAUGCAGUUGUAGAGUGGUAGUUUAUACCCAACAGAUGAAAUGGCAGGAUCCAGCGGAGAACAGAAGGCGCAUUUUGUUCUAGUACACGGCGCAGGUCAUGGCGCUUGGUUCUGGUACAAGAUAAAACCGAAGCUCGAGUCCGGUGGUCACAGAGUCACGGCGCUUAACCUCGCAGCUUCGGGCACCAACAUGAAGGCGAUACAAGAUGUUCACUCACUGACUGAGUACUCUGAGCCUUUGUUAGAGUUGAUAGAAUCGCUCGGUCCGGAAGAAAAGGUGAUCCUCGUAGGACAUAGUCUCGGAGGCUUGAACUUGUCCCUUGCCAUGGAAAAGUUCCCACAUAAAAUUUCUGCUGCCGUUUUCUUGACUGCGCUUCUGCCCGACACAACUCACCAGCCCUCUUAUAUUAUAGAUCAGUUAAUGGAAAAAUUACCGGCAGACUCAUGGUUGGACACUCGCUUUGAGAAAUUUGGAAGCGCCGAGCAACCCUUGACAUCGAUAUUAUUAGGUCCCAAGUUCUUACAAGAGAGACUCUAUCAACUCAGCCCAAUCGAGGAUCUGGAACUUGCCAAGAGUUUAGUAAGGAAGAGUUCAUUAUUUCGUGAAGAAAUGGCUAAGAUGAAGAAAUUCUCGAAUGAGGGAUACGGGUCAGUUACACGAGUUUAUGUGGUUUGUGACAAAGAUUUGAUAAAAUCUGAGGAAUUUCAACGAUGGAUGAUUGCAAACAGCGGGGUUAAAAAUGUGGUGGAGAUUAAGGGUGCCGAUCAUAUGCCAAUGUUUUCGAAGCCUCAAGAACUAUCCAAUUCACUUAUGGAGAUUGCACAAAAGUUUGCUUGAAAUAUGUCAGCGAGCUACAUUUUAGGCCAGUUGUUAGGAGAAUAAAUUUGGCCAUCAUGAGUGUAAACGUCGUGUUACUCCGUGAAUUUGCUGGAAGUUUUAAACUUUGGCCUUUGUAUUUGCAGUUUGCACCAUGUUAAUCCUCGUAAUGUUUAAAUGUAUUUCAGUACUUUUUACUCCGACAGCAGGAAAUUGUUUGUAUCAAUUCUAAAACUGAACAAAAGGAAUAAGUGGUGUUGAAUCCAA